AUCUUGGAGGAGUGUGGAAAGAGCGUUGAUUUUGACUGCGUACAAUUGACGCUAUUUCGACGUGGCGGAAGAUGACAACUAACAAGUGAGAGGUCCGAAAAGCUCUGGUCAAUUCAAGACCGCACAAAUAGUGUGUUGUUAGAGCCGGGUUUGAGUAGCAAAAAUGAAGUUCGGACUGGGUUCAGGCUUGCCUUGUACUUAAGGAAAAAGUCGGUAGGUCCAUACCGAGUCCGUCCCCAUGAGCAGGUCUAUCUAUAGUCAUUGGGCUUUGAGUUGGGUGCGCUGGGCUGAAGCGAAUAUUCCCGCCAAAAGACGUUAAAACGCAUAAUGUUUGAUUUAUGGUUGUUGGGUUGGAUUAGGUCAAAACAAAGACAAAACGUUCCUGUCAUUUCAACUAACUUUUAUUAAUCUGAAGGCAAAAGAAAUAUGAAGGUACUAUAACAGUGAUGGAGUAAUAUUAAAAUGUAUAGUCUACGGUUUGCUUUGAUCAUCACAGAGCUACAUUUGAAGCCGGCAGCAUGUAACAGCUACUCAAUUAAUACUAAAAAGGAAAAAAUAAUAAUUAACAGCUAUAUUUGAUACUCUGCGUCUCGUUGCCGGCUAUGUUUCUCUCCGCCGUGAAUGUAGCUUGUUCAGAGUUCAUGCAAAAACCUGUUUCAGAUGACGGCUGCGAUUUAAUUUGAUCAGAAAAGUUUGUUAUCUCAGACUAAUUAAAGAAUGGCAGGAGACUACAGGUUUGGGAAGGACCAAAAGGAUAUCACAAAGUUUUUGAUUACUACUGUAGAUAGUUUUAUACAGGACAGAUUGAUCAAUAAAGAACAAAGGGCACUGCACAAAGAACAGUGUGCUGAGAGAUUAGCAGCUGAAGAUGGGAGCUACGACAAGGACACGGAGGUUCGAUACUCUGAUCAAGCAGUAUUAGCAAAUCUAGAUUGGGGCAUUGAAGCUCUUGAAGAAGCUAUUAACACUGCCAAUUUAGAAACAAAAAUGGCGCGUUUAGAUUAUGCAGAGAAGAUGCUUCAAGUUUGUGCCAUGUUGAACUCUGACCAGAGAACAGCUGGAGUCCCCAAUUUUUACCUUUCUGCUUGGGCUCACCUUAACCUGUCGUAUUUGUGGAAAUUGCGUAACAAUGUCCGCGAUUCGGUACUCCAUGUUCUCGAGAUGUUUGUUGUUGAUCCAUUCUUCUCCAGGAUUGAUUUUGCACCUGAAUUGUGGAGAGAUUUAUUUCUGCCACAUAUGAGCUCUAUUGUCGGCUGGUAUUCUGAGGAAAGGCACAGGCUGGUGAUGGAAGUGAUUCCGGAUUAUUCUGAUUUUUCAUUGACAUGUGACAUGGAUGAGUUCUUCAAUGAGUCUCUGGUUCUUUCCAUGAGGCCAGAGCAAGUGGGAAAAAUGCAAAAGCUUGAGCAGCUUUAUGGAGAAUCUUUAGAUGGGAAUACACGGCUUUUUGCUAAAUACUAUGUAGAUAGCAUGAAUUCUGAUUCUAAUACAAGCAAGAAGAUGAUUCCAAUGUUUCCUAUAGCUGAACCACCAAUGACUCCUCGGCACGAGGUUAGUCGGUCCAUUCCUGAUUAUGUGAAAUUCGGUCCCAUCUUGCCUAAGAAUGCUGGUUUUUCUCCAGCUAUCAGAUCUAAAAAUGGCGCAAGAGAAGCAAGAAGAUUGAGCAUAAGUCCAAGUACUUCAUAUAAUCUAGAAGAGCCUGCAGUGUGGGAACCUCAGAAUAUCAUAAACGAGGAGAACAAGGAUCAUUCCGAUAGCAAGCCUCGUAGUGAGGUUUUAGAUUCUGAAGAUAAAAUCCAUUACCAGGAACCUCUUAGAAGCAUGAAAGUGACGGAGAAUAAAAAUUUUGGCACAACCAUAAAGUCAUUUAAAGCAAACACCCAAUCACAUUCUCCCACAAUCUUCUCUCCUAUGCAUUCUCCAAGAUCUUUUUCACCAAAGCUUUCAAGUAAGGAUGUGAAUUUUGGAAAGGAAUCCACAUAUCAUACUCCAUCUUUGCCUCUUUCUCCAGCCACAACUAAUGAUUAUAGCCUUAGCUCAGCAGAUUCAGACCGUGAAGAAACGAAAAGUGUCAGAAAUAACUAUGUUGGAACAAGGACUGCGAAUUAUAACAAUGUGAACAGCCAAGAAUUAGAGAAUAGUUCUGUUAAUGGAAGUGACGAAGGAAGCCAAAGCUGCAUCUCUUUGCCGAUGUCCCAUAAGUUGAGUUCUAGUUCGAGACCACCAAAAGAUUUUGUUUGCCCUAUUACAAGCCAGCUUUUUAAUGAUCCUGUUACGCUUGAAACUGGUCAGACUUAUGAAAGAAAAGCAAUUCAGGAGUGGCUUAAAAGAGGGAAUACAACAUGCCCCAUUACUCGACAACCCCUGUCAGCAGAUUCACUCCCUAAAACAAAUUAUGUUCUGAAAAGACUCAUAACAUCAUGGAAAGAGCAGUAUCCUGAUCUUGCUCAGGAAUUUUCAUAUUCAGAAACACCAAGAAGCACAUUCAGCUCUUCCUCCGUCAAAGGAACUUCAUUGGCGACCACUCCCUUAAAAAUGUUUGAUGUUUCCAUUCAUAAUUCUACAGGUAAUCACAUACACCAGAGGAACAAAAGAUUUGUACAAACAGCAGUAUCUACUUCACCAACCAGUGUAAUUUCUCAAGCCACUAUUGAAGCCAUCAUCAAUGGAUUAAAACCAUAUAUUUCCUGUAUCUGCACUUCAGAAAAUUUACAAGAUUGUGAAGCGGCAGUUUUAGCGAUAGCAAAAUUAUGGAAGGACUCAAAGGGUGAUCCUGGGGUACACUCGUGUUUGUCCAAACUAACAACUGUGAAUGGAUUUGUGGAGAUUCUGUCAAAUUCACUAGAUAGAGAAGUUCUUAGAAUGUCCAUUUACACUCUAUCUGAGCUAAUAUUUUCAGAUGAAAGUGUCGCAGAGAUUUUGACUAGUGUAGAUUCUGAUUUUGACUGCCUGGCUGCAUUGCUCAAGAAUGGGCUAGCUGAGGCUGCUGUUCUCAUUUACCAACUCAGGCCAACAUUUGCUCAGCUUUCAUCUCACAACUUAAUACCCUCCCUUGUCUAUAUAAUCCAGAAUAAAAAUGAAAAUUAUGAUCUGCAGCUAGUUAUAGAUCCAAAGGAUGCUUCUAUUGCAAUUCUUGAGCAGAUACUAACAGGAGGAGAUGAAAGCAGCCAGUCCAUUAGUGCUUUUAGUGUUAUUUCUGCAAAUGGAGUACCUGUGCUUGUCAAGUGUUUGGACAGGGUGGAAGCAAGAAAAUCUGUCAUUUCAAUCCUUCUAUGUUGCAUGAUUGCAGAUAAAAGUUGCCGGUACUACAUAGCAAGUAGAAUCAAAUUAUCUCCGGUUCUGGAAUUACUUCAUUCCGGAAACGACUGUGUUAGAGGCAUAUGCAUAGAUUUUCUCUCGGAGCUAGUUCAGCUAAACAGAAGGACAUUCUGCAUUCAGAUAUUGAAGAUAAUUAAAGAUGAAGGAUCAUUUAGUACGAUGCAUACCUUUCUUGUAUAUCUUCAAAUGGCUCCCAUGGAGCAGCAACCUGCCAUUGCUGCUCUUCUCCUUCAGCUUGAUCUCUUGGUUGAGCCGCAGAAGAUGAGCAUUUACAGAGAAGAAGCUGUAGAGACAUUUAUCGAAGCACUUCAUAAGAAAGACUUUUCUAAUUUUCAAAUGAUGGGUCUUGAUGCUUUAUUAUCACUUUCUGGACGUCUCACAUCAUCUGGAAAGUCCUAUAUGGAACCCUGGUUACUGAAGAUUGCAGGGUUUAAUCAACCUUACAGUGAUUUAAUGAAGGCAGAGGGACUAAAGAUGGGAGAAAAUGAUUUUGCAGAGACAAUGGAAGAUGAAGAGAAAGCAGCAAGUUCUUGGGAGAAAAAGGUGGCUUUUGUACUUUGCAAUCACGACAAGGGUUCGAUUUUUAAAGCUUUGGAGGAAUGCUUUAAGAGUAAUUCAUUAGAAAUGGCAAAGUUAUGCCUUGUCAUUUCCACGUGGCUCGUGUAUAUGCUUUCAGUUCUUCCUGAUACUGGUGUAAAAGAAGCUGCUCGUAAGUCCUUGCUUGACGAAUUCAUUAAUGUCCUUCAAUCAUCAAGAAACACGGAAGAGAAGAUUUUAGCAGCCCUUGCAUUAAGAACUUUUGUUAUUGAUUCAGCUGCACUUGACGAUUUGGAAAAGUAUGCCAAAUGCAUUUAUAAAACCUUAAGAAAAUUCAAGAGAACAUCAUCUGUAAUCACUGAUAUACUGAAAUCGUUGAUGAACUUGUCAUCAGUCAAUGCUACAGAGCUUUGGAAUUGUAGGGAAGUAAUUGAGUUGGAAUCAUCCGCAAAUGGGGAAGUACUGUCUUUAGUUCAUCUGAAAGGUCGACUAUUAAGCAGCCAUUCUGAUGGAACCAUAAAGGUGUGGGAUUCUGGAAAGAGGGGUACGAAGUUAAUUCAAGAAAUCCAUGAACAUGUUAAAGCUGUCACAUGCUUAUACGUUCCAUCUUCUGGUGACAAACUUUACAGUGGUUCCUUGGACAAAACAAUUCGGGUUUGGGCAAUCAAGCCUGAAGAAAUUCGUUGCGUGCAAAUCCACGAUGUGAAAAUGGCAGUACAUGAGCUCACAGCUAAUGCUAAAGUUGCAUGUUUUACUUCUCAAGGAACAGGAGUUAAGGUGUAUAGUUGGUCUGGUGUUCCAAUACAUGUAACUUUAAACAAAAAUGUCAAGUGCCUUGCUAUGUCUGGGGAUAAAUUAUACUGUGGUUGCUCUGGUUAUACUAUUCAGGAGGUGGAUCUGUGCAAACUGACAUCAACAACAUUUUACUCUGGUGCAAGAAAAUUGUUGGGUAAACAAGUUAUACAUUCCUUGCAUAUUAAUGAUGGUCUACUCUUUGCUGGUGGUUCUGCAGUUGAUGGAGCAGCAGGAAAGGUAUUUUGUCAGUCAACAAGAGGAGUACUAGGUUCAUUUUCAACUGGGUUAGACAUUUUGCAUAUUGUUACCAACAGUGAUUUCAUAUUCACAGCAACAAAAUGUGGGACAAUUGAGGUUUGGUUAAAAGAAAAAUUCAUUAACGUUGCAUCCAUUAAAACAAGUAAAGGAGGUAAUGCCAAAAUCACAUCGUUAACGUCAGAUAUGAACGACGGGAUGCUCUAUGCUGGUUUUUCCGACGGAAGGAUCCAGGUUUGGGCAAUGGACUAAAGGAGUCAACCAGAUUAAUUUUUUUUUUUUGCGAGCCAAUUACAUAAUUUUGUACACAGAUGAUCGUUCUCGUUGAUAUUUAGAUUAUCAUUAGUGAUUAUUUCGUAA